AUGUUGUGUAUUGAGCAAGAUUCUGCUCUCCAUCAGCCAGUCGGCCAGGUUGCAAUUGUUGUAGCCCAUGAACUUGCACACCAUUGGUUUGGCAAUCUUGUGACAAUGGACUGGUGGACACAUUUAUGGCUGAAUGAGGGAUUUGCAACAUGGGUGAGCUAUUUAGCAGCACAUAGCUUGUUCCCAGAAUGGAAAAUUUGGACUCAAUUUUUUGAAGAAAGUACUGAGGGUCUACGGCUGGAUGGACUUGCAGAAUCACACCCCAUUGAGGUGGAUAUAAAUCAUGCAAGUGAAAUUGAUGAGAUAUUCGAUGCAAUAAGUUAUAGAAAAGGUGCAGCUGUCAUCCAAAUGCUACAGAGCUAUCUUGGUGCUGAAUGUUUUCAGAGGGCUCUUGCUUCAUACAUACAAAGACAUGCUUGCUCAAAUGCAAAGACAGAAGAUUUAUGGUAUGUCCUUGAGGAGGCAUCCUGCGAACCUGCGAACAAGCUAAUGAAUUCGUGGACAAAGCAAAAAGGUUACCCGGUUGUGUCUGUCAAAGUCAAAGAUCUGAAAUUGGAGUUUGAGCAGGUUUUCACAUUGUGGCUUCCGCUUGUCAUUGUUUUUGUUACUCAAUUGGCACUUUCACAAUUCUUGUUGAGCGGUUCCCAUGGGGAUGGUCAAUGGAUUGUUCCAAUAAUACUGUGCUAUGUUUCAUACGAGUCUCAUCAAAGUUUUUUAUUGCAAACAAAAUCUGAAGCACUUGAUAUAAAUGAAUUCUUGGGUUUCUCAAUAUCCAACGCCAGCCUCAUGGAGACAGUAAAGGAAGGCAAAAGUAAUUCAGUAUGUGCUUGGAUAAAACUUAAUGUGGACCACACAGGUUUCUAUAGAGUGAAAUAUGAUGAGGACCUAUCAGCUAGGCUUAGAUAUGCAAUAGAGAGCAAAUGCUUAUCUACAUUGGAUAAAUAUGGCAUCUUGGAUGAUUCAUAUGCCUUAUGCAUGGCUUGUCAGCAGUCUUUGACAUCUUUGCUUACUUUAAUGGGUGCUUACAGGGAGGAAAUUGAUUACGCUGUGCUGUCUAACUUGAUAAGUCCGAUGCUGCUCCCACAUUACUGGAUAACAUUAAACUUUUUUUCAUCCAUCUUUUCUAGUAUUCUGCAGAGAGACUUGGAUGGGAUCCUAAACAUGGCAAGAGCCACUUAGAUGCCAUGUUGAGAGGGGAGCUUUUGACCGCCCUAGCUAUUUUUGGACAUGAUGCGACACUAAAUGAAGCAAGCAGGUGUUUCCAUGCUUUCUUGAACAAUAGAGAUACAACUGUUCUCCCCCGACUUGAGAAGGGUUGCAUAUGUGGCGGUGAUGCAGAAUGUGACCACAUCAAAUAAAUAAGGUUAUGAAUCACUAUUGAGAGGGUAUAGAGAGACUGAUCUUAGCCAGGAAAAGACACAAAUUUUAGGUUCAUUA